CCAUUUUCUAGUUUCGCCCGGAAAAUGUCGUCUAGAAUGGGUCCUAGUGGCGACCCCAUUGCCACACCGUCGAUUUGUCUAUACAGUUCCUUAUUAAAUAAAAAGUGGACAUUCAUUGUACAUUUCAAGAGAAGCUCCUUCAUGAAAGAUAUAGGAAUGCCAACCUCGAUGUUUCGUCUUUUGAGUUCUUCACAUACAAAGUCCACUGUUUCCAUGAGAGGUACAUUGGUGAAUAAAGAAGAUACGUCAAAUGAUGUCAUGAAUUUAUUAUCAAUAUUUAAAUCCCUUAUCCUUUCAACGAAGCCAAAUGUAUCCUUUACACUAUGUUUCACCAACUCAGUAUGAAGGGGCUGUAAGAGUUCAACUAACCAUUUGGCCACCGGAUGGUAUGGUGAAUUUAGCAUAUCUAAUACUGGUCGUAGUGGUACACCAUUUUUGUGCACUUUAGGCUAGCCAUAUAGUCUUGGUGUGAACGUUCCGGUGGGUUUCGAAUCAGUUAAAUCCUUGUAAAGCAACACUUAAGCACUUUGCAAAUAUUUAAGAAAUGAAGGUGUUCAUGCAAUGUGGAUAAAUCUAAAUUAUUGACUUAAAA